UCCCCCACUCAGUGUCUCCCGCAGUGCACAGAGUUGAGAGAGAGUUUACCAGUGUGUUAAGUGUAAAUUCACUGCUGUAGUGACGUUGUGGGGGCGGCCAGAAUACUUAUAAGUAGCGGGGAAGCGUGCGUGACUGGGAGCGCGGGGCAGAGGGAGGGUCGCUGCUCUCAAGGUCAGCCAUCUACAAUAUGGACAUGGACACCCCGACAGACUUGCCUCUCUUCACUAAGCUGUACACGCUGGCGCAGGUUCUUGGCAUCCUAAGUGUGGUGCUGGUGGGCGUGUGGGUUGGUCUCUACCGCGGAGGUUUUGGGUGGUCAGCCUUCCCGGACCUGCAGUUCAAUUGGCACCCGUUCCUCAUGGUCCUCGGCCUCGUGCUGCUCUACGCUAACGGUGCCCUCAUCUACCGUGGCUUCCGGUCAGAGCGCAAGAGGAAGCUGAAGGUGGUGCAUGCCGUGGUGAUGGUGUCGGCGCUGGUGUGUGCAGUGGUGGGCCUUGUGGCAGUGUUUAAGUUCCACGACAGCAAGGGCUUCGCUAACAUGCAUUCCCUCCACUCCUGGAUCGGCCUUGCUACUGUUAUCCUCUUUGCCUGCCAGUGGCUGGCUGGCCUUCUGACGUUUCUGUUCCCCGGCCUGAGGUCAAGCUUACGCGCAGCCUACCUGCCUCUCCACCAGUAUUUUGGCCUCUUCAUCUUUGCCGGCGCCAUCACCUCCACCCUGCUUGGCCUGUCUGAGAAGGCUAUAUUUGUGCAGAGCGUUGGAUCCGAGUCUGUGCUGGUGAACGUGACAGGGCUGUGUGUGGCCGUGUUUGCUGGUCUGGUCACCUACCUUCUCUCCCAGCCCAAAUUUAGAAGGCAGGCCACUGAAGAUGAGGUGCUUCUGACAGACACCGUGCUGGAGUAGAAGGUGGAGGAGGAGGAGGAGGAGGAGGAGGAGGAGAGGUAUUGAAGCAAGUGAGGGUUAGAAGAGAAGAUAUAAUGAAUGAUUGUCAAAGAGGAGGAGGAGGAGAGAGGAAUUUAGAAGAGAUCUGUGCUGGAAAGAGGAGGAGGAGGAGGAGGAGGAGAGAUACUAAGGGUAAUGAGGGAAGAGAGGAAUUAAAAGAUAUAUUUACUUGAAAGAGGAAGAACAACAAGAACAAGAGGAGGAGGUGGAGGAGGAUGUAGAAGUCAAGAUGAUAUAUGGGAAGAAAGAGGAGGAGGAGGAGGGAAAUGAAGUAAAGAAGAGGAUUUAACUGGAGGAAGUGAAGGAAAGGAGGAGGAGGAGGAAAGAAGACAGAGGAAAGGAAAGUUUAAAAAAGGAGAGAGAGAGAGAGAGAGAGAGAGAGAGAGAGAGAGAGAGAGAGAGAGAGAGAGAGAGAGAGAGAGAGAGAGAGAAUCAACAGAAUGACAAAAAUUAAAUGUUAGCUGUGUCUCUCUCUCUCUCUCAGAAUAAUAUGUAAAAUGAUCUCUAUAUCUUUUCAAUGGACCACUAAAGAAUACUAUAUCAAUGUGAAUAAAUGAAUGAAUGACAACACAUAUAUAUAUAUAAAAACUUAAAAUCUAUACCAUCACUAUUCACCUGGUCUAGUUUACCUUAAUUGCAGGUGAGCAAACAUCUUGCUUAUAGACACAAAAUAAACCUAUAUUGUCAUUUAUCUGAUUCAUCUACCUAUAUUUCAAUGGAGGUUAUAGACAAAACGAACACACAUUUAAUAUUGUAAGGUUUUAAAGUUCAUGUUUAGGUUUACUCACUUCAAUAGGGGGAGGGAACAGUCUGGUUUUGAAGAAGAGGGGGUGAGUCAGUGUGUGCUGUGGGGGUGUGUGUGGCCAGCUGGGGUGUGGUACAGUGGUCCAUGUGUGUGUGUGUGUGUGUGUGUGUGUGUGAGAGAUGCUAAGGAUUAUAGGUACAAUGGGUUUAUCAAUGUCUGCGGGCUCGAGGCAUCACCGUGGGAGCUGGAGGGUGUCGGUGUGGACGGCUGGUGUGGGCUUAGACAGUGGUGUUGCUUGCUGGCUUAGUGUGGGCUUAAACGGUGGUGUUGCUUGCCGGCUUGGUGUUGACAGGCCUGAGUUGUGCAAUGGAUGGUGAUGCAGGGCGGCAGUGGUGGCCGAGCUAAUCUGAAAUGAUGAAUAGUGAAUAGUGAAGAUCUGCGUAUAAGACAGGAUAUACAAGACACUAUCCUCACUACUACUACUACUACUAAUAGUGUGGUAUAUUUUACAGAGAAAGAACCUAAGAUAAUUUGAAGUUGCAUAUGAAAGAAAAAAUUUACGACAGCCUGGUGAACACUGAUGGUACAGAUAUAUUAAGAUAUAUUAAUUAUGCAAGGUGUUUGUCUGUCUGCAUGUGUGUGUGUGUGUGUGUGUGUAUGUGUGUGUGUGUUUAUGCAUAAUACAUAGAGAAUAAAAGAAAGCAUAUAUAUAUUCAUCUACUGUUAUUCUUUUACGUAAACAACCGCGGGCACAAACGGAGCUAAUUAAGGCGUGGUGUUUGAGUGACCAAUUCAGUCGUUAGUGUCGUUUUGGUUCUGUCCCUGUGAUAAUUAAAUAGUGAGUGAUUUCUGAGUUUCAGUGUAUGACUGUGUGUGUGUGUGAAAGAAGAAGAGAUUAAGUGAGGAAAAGAAAAGGGGGAAAAAAAAGGAAGGAAGAAAAGUUUGUAAUAUCUAAAUCUUCAAGUUAUUUCUGGUUCUGUUGCUUUGGCAGUUAAAUUUUCGAGUGGUUUCUAAGUUACCCUGUUUGUCUGGCUGUUGUCUUCAUGCCAAUCAAGUUUUCUAAGGCUGUUUUCAAGUGGCCUGUUAGUUGUCAUUCUAUAUCAAUUGAGUUUUAUCUCUGUAAUAUUUUUUUUUUUUUUCUCUUUCAGUUCUAAGUCAUUUUAACUCCUAUAACAAUUAAGUCUUUCAGUGUUUGCUAUAACUCCUAUAACAAUUAAGUCUUUCAGUGUUUGCUAAGUCACCUUGGGUCGUGUUAGUCUGCCUUGCGUCUCGAACAGUUAUCGUUUUUUCUGGUCUUUCCCAAACUUUCAACCGUGUCUCUCUUAGCUGUUCGUGUGCAAGAGUAAACAUUCUUUUCAAUAUUUUCCGUGUCAUUUUCAACCUUGACGUAAGCUGUGACAAGAAUUAAUGUAUGUUUUUCACUUUUUCCUGCAUUACUUUCACUGUUUUCCUAAGCACUGUUCAGCUCUUUAAGCUUAUUGUGCCCUGUGAAGACUGUGUUCAGAUCCUUUAAGCUUGUGGGGGAGGUACUGCACGUUGUUCAUUCAUUCUUAAAUUCCCUUUGCUAUUUUCUAAGUUAUCUUGAGUGUUUUCCGAGUCAGGAGUGUGCUGCGUGUUAUUCGGCCAUUCUCAAACUAUCUUCACUAUUUUCUAAGUUAUUUUAAGUGUUUUCCAAGUCACUUUCUCUCCUGCAAGCUGUGUGUUAUUUAUUCACAAACCACCUUCACUAUUUCCUAAGUUAUUUCCAGUAUUUUCCGAGUCACUUUCACUCUACUGCAUGUUAUUCAGUCAUUCUCAAGCUAUCUUCACUAUUUCCUAAGUUAUUUCCAGUGUUUUCUGUGUCACUCACUCUGCAAGCUUGUGGGAGAGGUAGUGUGUGUUAUUCAGUCAUUCUUAAACCACCUUCACUAUUUCCUAAGUUAUUUCCAGUAUUUUCCGAGUCACUUUCACUCUGCAAGCUUGUGGAAGAGGUACUGUGUGGGUUGCAGUUCUUCCUGUAAGGCGUUUUCAUUAUUUUUCGGAUAUUUUCAGUCCUACAGGCUUGUGAAGAAGUGAUUGUAUUUUCCACUCUUAACUAAAUAAUUAUGUCCCAUUGGUUUGUGGGAGAGUGUCUUUCAGUCGCACCUAAGUAAUUAAGACAGUUUUCAAAGUAAUUUUCACUCCUGUAGGCUUGCGGGAGAUCAUCUUUGUGUAUCUUUCAGUUUUAACUAAGUAAUUAUGGUGUUUUUUUUAAGUAAUUUUCAGUUCUAUAAGCUUAUAAAUUAAGAUCUUUACCCUGCCUUUCCUACCCUGCUUAAUUAAAGGUGUUUGUACGAGUAUUACCUGUGCUAGAUUGGUGUGUGUGUGUGUGUGUGUGUGUGUGUGUGUGUGUGUGAGAGAGAGAGAGAGAGAGAGAAUGAAAAUAUGGUGAGGGAUAAGGAAGAAGGGAAGAGGCAGAAACGGGAAGAAUGAGAGGCACAGAGGAGGAUGAAAGGAAGAGAAAUGUGGCCAAAGGAGAAGAGGAAGUUAAGGAAAUUAAUAGAAAAAGGAAAUGCAAAGGAGAAUGAAAGGAAGUUAGUGUGUGUGUGUGUGUGUGUGUGUGUGUGUGUGUGUGUGUGUUACAAAUGAUACGUCAACAAAUAAAAUGCUAUCAGUGAUACAAAUAAAUGAAUAAAUAAAUAAAAACAGCUAAUUUAAAGUACACAAAAAUAAAUAAAUAAAUAAAACAGCCCCUUUACACACACACACACACACACACACACGAAAUCAAUAUGGCUUCCCUCAUCACGCCCUACAAGACACAACAGCAUUCCUAAAAACUGCCGGUAUAGAUAAAAUAAAUAAAUAAAAUACACUUAAAUGAAAGCAGGUUCUGAAAAUGACUCAAAAUAAAUAAAUAAAUAAACGAAACGAUAAAUUUUCUUGAUACUUUUAAGUCCAAUCGUUUAUUUAUUUUCACACACACACACACACACACACACACACACCAUUGACUUAGGCUUUCAACAGUUACUACAUCCAUUCGAAGCACAACAAAUCUACCAGAAGUUAAUUUUGACCACGCGUGACUGACAAUAAUAAUAAUAAUAAUAAUAAUAAUAAUAAUAAUAAUAAUAAUAAUAAUAAUAAUAAUGUAGGUUAACUAAUACCAACAGAUCACAUAACUGUACCUCAUAUCUUUCCAACGAGCCUUACCACAAUGCACAGUAUACCAUCGCUGUAUAAACUGUACGAUAAUCCUUCCUUAAAGAUACUGCUGAAGACAAGAAGUGUAUGAUAUAUGAAGAGUAUUUUAAAAGUUAUAAAAUGCCAUAUAUAUAUAUUACCUGUGAAAUAUACUGACGGAAAUGUA